UUUGCCCAAAACCAAUGUCGUUUCUUUCACAGCUAUGUAUCUCAACCAAGUCUUUUGUCAAGUAAAACAUUAACCUUAAUUAAAUAUUCCGCCUACAAACUUAGUAUAAAUCCUUCUCAAAACGUUUCAUUUUCCAUUAACUAAAAAACCCAACUUCCAUUCUCUCUCUCUUUAGUUGCUUUCAGUACUAAUAAUAAUGGCUUCAUCUGCUCUUAUGAUUUCCCCAAGAAAGCUCCGAUCAGAUGUAUACUCUUAUUCUUAUCAGAAUGAUUCAAACACUCCAUUGGUGAUAUCAGUUCUUGCUUCUCUGAUUGAGAGAAGUAUGGCUAGGAAUGAAAGAAUUGCCAAAAACUGUACGUGGGCAUUGUCAAAAGACAAUAGAACUCGAGUUUUUGAUUGCCAUGAGAUACCAGACAUGACAAUUCAAUCUUAUCUCGAGAGAAUCUUCAGAUACACUCGCGCUGGACCAUCCGUUUAUCUUGUUGCUUAUGUUUAUAUCGAUCGCUUUUGUCAGGCCAAUCCAGGAUUCCGAAUCAAUGCAAGAAAUGUACAUAGACUUCUCAUCACAACGAUCAUGGUGGCUUCUAAAUAUGUGGAAGACAUGAAUUACAGAAAUUCAUACUUUGCUCGAGUUGGGGGACUGACUACCAAUGAGUUAAACAAAUUGGAGCUUGACUUUCUGUUCUUGAUGGGUUUCAAAUUGCAUGUGAAUGUGAGCGUUUUUGAGAGCUAUUGUUGUCAUUUGGAAAGAGAAGUGAGUAUUGGAGGAGGUUAUCAUAUAGAACGGACAUUACGGUGCGCUGGAGAAAUCAAAUCAAGGCAAAAUGAAGAAAGAAGAUUUAAUCAAAUCGCUCGUAUUAUGUUGUAAAUUAAUCAAACUAGAAAAAGUUUUGUCUGCCAUGGUGAUAGAUUUAAUGGUGUACAGAUAAAUAUAUAGAGUGAUGAUUGAUUUGAGUUUUUUGGCUUCACCUUCACGAAGACGAAGGGUAAUGCAGAGUGAUGUAUAAAAAUAUGUAAUGGGUUUUUACUAAAUUUGUUGAUAUCUAUCAUAUGAUUAAGUCAUGGUUUCUUCAA